AUGGCACUCUCAGACACUUCGGGAUACUGUGAGGCGUGCGCGGCGCACAAGAAAACGCUGAGAAGACUCUACAACGGGAUUACAUUUACAAUGAUCUGCGAAGAGUGCUUUGAGGCUGGGGGUUACCGGGUAAAGACUGGCUCCUCCCGCCAAGAUCACAGGCGGCUCGUUCUAGCUGAGCCCGAUCUCCGACUGAGAUAUGCAUGCUGGCACGCUCACCUUGGGUGCAGUGCCCGCACCAACGAUCUGUCGGCGCUCGAGAACCAUGCGAAGUCGUGCAAAUUCACGUCCGUGGUUACGUGCACCCGGUGCUGGCAGGCAGUCCCUGUGGCUGAUUACGAGGACCACAAAGAUGGGUCGAAGGGUGUUCUUGGGAUUUGA